UUGAAAAUCUCCAGUAAGUGUGGUGCUACCACCAUCAUGGAACCUCAUUCCUGGAGACAGCAGGAUGGAAAAGAGAAGAUGCCCCUCCAGGCAGAAGGCAUACGUCCUGAAAUAAAAGAUGAUCUAUAUGAUCCCACCUACCAGGAUGAGGAGGGGCCCCCGCCCAAGCUGGAGUACGUCUGGAGGAACAUCAUCUUCAUGGCCCUGCUGCACAUGGGAGCCCUGUACGGGAUCACACUGGUUCCCUCCUGCAAGGUCUACACCUGCCUCUUGGGAAUAUUCUACAACAUGGUUGCUGGUUUGGGCAUCACAGCCGGAGCUCAUCGCCUGUGGAGCCACAGAACGUACAAAGCACGGCUGCCCCUGCGGAUCUUCCUCAUCAUGGCCAACACCAUGGCGUUCCAGAAUGACGUGUAUGAAUGGGCCCGAGACCACCGCGCCCACCACAAGUUCUCAGAAACACACGCUGACCCUCACAAUUCCCGCCGGGGCUUUUUCUUCUCUCAUGUGGGUUGGCUGCUUGUGCGCAAACACCCGGCUGUCAAAGAGAAGGGAGGAAAACUGGACAUGUCUGACCUAAAAGCUGAGAAGCUGGUGAUGUUCCAGAGGAGGUACUACAAGCUAGCUGUCACACUCAUCUUCAUCGUCCUGCACACACUGGUACCCUGGUACUUCUGGGGUGAACCUUUUCUACACAGCUUAUGUGUCACUACUUUCCUGCGGUAUGCUAUACUUCUGAAUUUUACCUGGCUGGUGAACAGUGCUGCUCACCUCUACGGGAACCGGCCCUACGACAGGGGCAUUGGCGCCCGAGAGAAUCCCCUGGUUUCAAUGGCAUCUUUUGGCGAGGGUUUCCACAACUACCAUCACGUCUUCCCCUACGACUACUCUGUCAGUGAGUACCGCUGGCACAUCAACUUCACCACGUUCUUCAUUGACUGCAUGGCUGCCCUCGGCCUGGCUUACGACCGGAAGAGAGUGUCCAAGGCUGUUGUCUUAGCUAGGAUUAAAAGAACUGGAGACGGGAGCCACAAAAGUAGCUGAGUUUGGGAUCAUCUGGGUCUCUGUUCCAUAAACCAAUGGGGCCAACAUUUAAUGUUCUGUUAACUAUUGAAUAAUGCUACCAAAGCCAACUCUUGAACAUUAUUUUUGGUACAGGGGCUCUCUCUCUCUCUCUUUCUUUUUUUCUCUCUCUCUCUUUCUUUUUCUCUCUCCCUCCUUCCCUUCCUCCCUCCCUCUCUAUAAUCUAUUAAGACCAGGCUGGCCUAAAACUCACAGAGACCUUCCUACCUCUGCCUCCCAUUUGCUGGGAUUAAAGGGAUGUAUCACCAUGCCUACCUCUGCAAAGUAUUCUUGUCAAACAUUCAAGGCAACUCUCCUAAUGACCUCUCUGUCUUCCAGCCUCCAUCCCCCUACACUCUGUUCCUAUUAUGCUUGUCUUCUUUUUCUCCUUAGUUGCUUCUCUGAGAAGCAGCCACUGAGUGCUUGGUCCAUCUCCCAAAGGCUUCACAGACUUUCUGAUGUCUCAAAGUAAGGACCUUCAUCACAGACAGUUCUCUGUCUAGGUAUUUGCCCAAAGCUAGUGCUACAGCAAAACCUUUUUAGGAAAUAUCUUAUUAAUUGUCUUUAGUUCAUGGUUUUCUAAAAGAAAGGGGAAAAUAGCAUUUGUCAUAGAAGUGAUGAAACUGGCAAAUCCUUGGGUGGGAGAGCAUGCAGGGUGUGGCUCAGAAGCAGGGGUAGGAUCAAGGUAGGAUGUGAUGCAGUAGGAAAUACGUACCAAAUUAAGACCUCACACAGACAGAGCUCUGACACUGAGCAGGUAACGGCCAUUGAAUGUGGCUAUGCUAGAACACAAUGGAAUGUCUCUGAAACUCAGUAUGGUUCAGGCCGAUUAGUAGGAAAAGAAAUCUCUGUUUCUUCUUCUUCUUCUUCUUCUUCUUCUU